UGACGCGGCGCAGCGAUGGCGGCGGCAGCGGCGGCGCUGCGGGGCCGGCGCUUCAAGUGGGCCCUGGACCUGGGGGCGGCGCCGGGGGCUCGGCCCCGCGGAGCCGCCGAGGGCCGCGGCCCGCUCGGCUUCGCUGACCGGCAGCUGGGGGAGGGCGGCGUCCACGAGAGCGAUAAGAUCCUCAUGGAGAAGCGCUGCUGGGACGUGGCUCUGGCACCGCUGAAGCAGAUCCCCAUGAACCUGUUCAUCAUGUACAUGGCCGGCAACACCAUCUCCAUCUUCCCGGCCAUGAUGGUCUGCAUGAUGGGUUGGCGCCCGCUGCAGGCCCUCAUGUCCCUGUCUGCCACCCUGAAGGCCCUGGAGAGCUCCAGCCGGCGGGCGCUGCAGGGGCUCGUGUUCCUGGUGGGCAACGGGCUGGGGCUGGCACUGGCCCUCUACAAGUGCCAGGCCAUGGGGCUGCUGCCCACCCGCCCCUCCGACUGGCUGGCCUUUGUCACCCCUCCGCAGCGAAUGGAGUUCACUGGGGGGGGCCUGAUCUUGUGACCCCCUGCGCCCACCCACCAAUAAAGGCAAUGGCAGGAUGGUGACAUCGUGUGACAUCGGGGAAUUUUGAGUGUUUGGGGACUAAAAAAUGUUUAUUGGGCUGCACUGGGGACACUGGGGCAGCACUGGGAGUGCCCUGGGAGCCUUGGGACCUGCACUGGGAGCAGUGGGAGCUCUGGGGCCUGUGCUGGGGCGUGCACUGGAGCUGCUCCCGGAGCCACAGGACCAUACUGGGAGCCAUACUGGAAACACUGGGAGUAUCCUUGUGGCACGCUUGGGGAGAGCUGCAGCCUGAGGCUGGCUCUGUGCUGGAAGCACUGGGUCCGCACUGGGAACACUGGGGAUCACAUCAGGAUCGGGAUCUGGCUGUAGGUCACGGUGGUGUCACACUGGGAGCCUGCCUGAAGAGCUGUGGCUCACCAGCACUGUGCUGGGAGUGCUGGAGGUGUGUUGGAGGCCCUGAGCACCUGCUGGGACUGUGGCAGCCCGCACUGG